UCGAAAUCCCACCAAGAUCAGUCCUUAGAAUAGCUGCCAAUCACAUCAUACACUAUGUCGCCCACACUCACCAACAGCCUCUGUGCGAUAUCAUCUCGGGCACGCGUUGUUAGAAGCCGGCGAGAAGUUUAAUCAGCCAGUUGGUUUGCUGACCGUUUGGUUUAAUCCUUCCCGAACCUUCUGUGCGAGCGCAUCACGACAUGGAAGGUUUCAAGUGGUUUCUGCUGGUCGGGUUAGCAUUGGUGUGUCAGUUUGGGCUCGCACCCGGACAGGAAGGUGUUAAGGGUUCAUGGCGCAAGGGUGGCGACAGUCAGGUUGCAUCUCGCCCCACAUUCGGGAAUGAUAGUUUUAUCGGGGUAGAACCUGCCCGUCCGAACGCGACCGUAAUGAAUCUGCAGCGAUCGAAUGAAUCGGUUAGUGCGCUUGAUCGGUUCAUGAACAAAACCAAGUCGCAGAUUCCGACUGGUGUGUGCUUUGAAGAGGUACCUACGGUGUCGCUGCUGAAGUACAACCCUCGAGGAGAUGUACCGCAAGGCAAUGGAUCAAAUCCUUCCCUAAGCCUCAUCCAGGUUUGCUGUCCCGGAUAUGAGCGUAACGUGCACAACUUCCGCAAGUGUGAGCCCGUGUGCGAGGAACCGUGCCUGAAUGGGCUUUGCGUUGGGCCGAACACCUGCCAGUGCUAUCCGGACUUUGUACGGAACGUGCAAGGCCGGUGUGUUCCGACGUGUCCGAUCGGGUGCGAUCAUGGAGACUGUGUGGUCGGUACGGGCGAAUGUCGCUGCCACGAGGGUUACGAGUUGGAUGCUACUACUGGCGGCAAGCUGUGCGUUCCCAAGUGUACCGGAGGCUGUGGUGAGGGACGGUGCGUGGACGUGGAGCGGUGCGAGUGUGGUGAAGGGUAUUCGUUCGAUCCGAAGAACAAGUGUGCGCCGCACUGUGAUGGAGGCUGCCAGAAUGGGCGAUGCAUCGCACCGGGAGUUUGCAAGUGUGAGGCGGGCUAUGAGAUGUCGGAACUGGGCUGUGAGCCUGUGUGCAGCAAUGGUUGCUUCCACGGUGUUUGUACCGCACCGGACACGUGCUCCUGUAAGCCAGGAUUCCAGAAGAUUGGAGAGCAAUGCGCCGCUACCUGCGAUAGUCCUUGUCUCAAUGGGGAAUGCACUGGACCGAAUGUUUGUAGCUGCAAACGAGGCUACGUCCUCGACGAGGCCAAUCCCUUCCACUGCAUCCCGCACUGUCCCAACGGUUGUCCGAACGGAGUCUGCUCCGGACCGAACAUGUGCCUGUGCAAUGCAGGAUACGUGAAGGACCGUUCGCUGAAAGGAAGCCAAGCAUGCGUCAAGCGCUUCGAUGGAGUCAAAGCAUAAGUGCACAGCACCGAUAACGUACCAUAUGCUUGCAAGGUUUCGCUUGCACAAACCGAAGCCGACGAUUUGCAGUGCGCCGUCGUCGCUGUAUUUGAUAGUGCUUAUCGCAAUGGUUUGUUGAGCAGUGUAGCAUGCAAGAGAAGAAUCACGAAAACAGUUGUAAGUAACGAGCAGAUGUAAUUAAUGCAAAGCAAUUGUGCUAA